UGCUCGUUCAUAUUUUCAGUUGUAGUUGUAGAAACAUUACUAGCGUCUCUGUUGUCCAACAAGAAAAGCAUCCGGCAUGUUCUUGACAACGUUCAGAAUUACAUCACUCCGAUUCGUAGUUUUCUACUAUUUAGCUCUUCAUCAUUCAUAUAUUGAGACUCGUAAUAAAGCCAGCAAUAUGUUAUACACAAGAAUCUAGGCCGUAUGAAAAACAAGAUGGCGCUCUCAGAUCUAAGGCAAAACUUUCGACUCAGAUACACAUCUAUUGUGCUCGUUUCCGGUGUUGGCAGGUCCUCUUCACUUCCAAUAUUGGACUCUAAAUCAGGCCGGGGCUUAGAUCAGUCACUUCAUCGAAGUCUAGUCGCAUCACCCUACCUAGCUGCGAUCUAUAGCGUAUAGGAUCCCGUUUGCGUAGAAGAUAUUGCAAGUAGAGUCCUCUGUCCAGCACCUCGAAGCAAGUCGUAGAGCAGACGUUCUUGUAGAUAGGCAGGUGGGUAGCUAUUUUCGUCUGUGGAUAAGAAGAGUAGCGGCCUGAUGCUUAUUUGAUGGUUAUUUUCAAUGUUCUUGAGACUGAGUUGUAGUUCUUACCAAGGUGGAAAAUGUAAGAUGCUGAGCGUCUCGACGAUCGACUGAUCGCACUGGGACAACUACCGCAUUGCCCCUUAUCAGGGUCCUCACAGGGCCUGCCCCCGAUUGAUGACAGUGCCGGCACAGGUGUGCUAGUACAUUGCCAAACAGACUACGACGCUUUCUCCUAUUUUUUUGAUGAAUCUCAACUGUGACGUUUAUUAUAGGCUGACUUGCCACCCUUUAUUUUCGACAUGAAGCGUGAGCAACUCCAUGCAUUUAUAUGCGACAGCUCCAAGG